AGCUCGAGUUAUAAUGGCGUGUGGUUCAUCAGCUAGAUGAGGCAACGCAUUGGCAGAGGCAGGGGAGCAGUACCAGUUGGAGAGUUAGCUCUCCCACCUCCCCAACCAUCCGCCUUUAAUAUCAUCGCCCGCGUCCAUCGCUCCAGCUCUCUGCCCCCUCUCCGUUUCUGUAUAAAUCGCGUCCCUCGUCUCGCCCCACUUCUUCCUGCUACCGGCCAUAGCCAAAAUCUCCCCUUUUCUUGCCGCUUUGAGCCUCGGAUUCUCGAGCUGGUUUGGCGGAUCUGGAGCGAAAUCGCCGGGGGGAGCAGAAGGGUCGCCGUUUUUCUCCAUUCGGUGAAGUGGGUCUGUCGUUUUUGUCCAUUUGGUGAGGUGGGUCGGUCUCCAACAUGAAGGUCUCCGUCGUCUCGCGCAGUGGCAGGGAAGUGGUCAAGGGCGGCGUCGAGCUCAACGACUCGGCCACCGUGGCUGAUCUGCAGAAGGAGAUUCAUCGCAGGACCAAGAAAUUCUAUCCUUCGAGACAGCGGCUAACACUCCCUCUCCAGCCUGGAUCAAAGGAGAAACCUAUCGCUCUUAACUACAAAAAGAGCCUUGAAAGUUACACUGAAGGAAACUCAGCCAAUUUAACUGUUGUAUUCAAGGACCUUGGACCACAGGUUUCUUACCGUACUCUUUUCUUCUGGGAGUACCUCGGUCCCUUGAUCCUCUAUCCCAUCUUUUACUUCUUUCCUGUGUACCGCUACUUUGGCUACGCUGGGGAGCGCAUCAUCCACCCAGUACAGACUUAUGCUCUGUACUACUGGUGUUUCCACUACUUCAAACGAAUUAUGGAGACAUUUUUCGUGCACCGUUUCAGCCAUGCAACCUCACCCCUUUCUAAUGUUUUCCGGAACUGUGCCUAUUAUUGGAGUUUUGGGUCAUACAUUGCUUAUUAUGUCAACCAUCCGCUUUACACUCCUGUUAGUGACCUCCAAAUGAAGAUUGGUUUCGCAUUUGGGGUGCUUUGUCAAGUUUCAAACUUUUAUUGUCAUAUCUUGCUGAGAAAUCUUCGGAGCCCAGAUGGGAAUGGAGGAUAUCAAAUUCCUCGCGGCUUCUUGUUCAACAUCGUUACUUGCGCCAAUUACACUACUGAGAUUUAUCAGUGGUUGGGUUUCAACAUUGCGACCCAAACCAUUGCUGGGUAUGUCUUCCUUGUGGUUGCUGCUUUUAUCAUGACCAACUGGGCCCUUGCGAAGCAUCGCCGCUUGAAGAAGCUGUUUGAUGGAAAGGAAGGAAGACCACGAUAUCCAAGACGCUGGGUGAUCCUACCUCCCUUCCUGUAGGAAAUUCCACGUUAUGUCGGCAUCUCCAUUUAGCUGUGGUCUGAUUCUGGAUCAGCUCCUUAUUUAGCCAGCAGUCCUAGACAAAUCUUUGUAAUCCAACUGAAUUAGUUUUGUCUAGCUGUCGCUCUGCUUCUCCUUUUAUAUGAUUACAUGGAUUAUGGCGUGAACCUUAUGGGUUCAAUUGUUUUAUUGGCAAGGUUCUGGAUUGAUCUUCAUGUGCUAUUGCCUUUCCAAUGUCUAUUCAUUUAUCAUCUUUUCCCACAGAA